UCCCCCUAGUCGUUAGCUCGCGACACGCUGGAGGGGAUGAUAAGAAGAACGCAAGCGCGAACCUAUCGACCAGCUAACCCUCCGGGUAACACCCUUGCGAUCCUCAGCCGAAGCUCACUGCUUCUCCGGCGAACUAGUGGGUAGUACACGCACGCGACACAGAUUUCAACUUGGAUUGUUUAGUUUCUCCUUCCUCACCUCUCUUAUUUCAUCCUUUCCUUUUGGAUUACCUUACGUUGAAGUGUUAUUCCACAACUUGGGAAAAAAAGGGCACAACAAAGAGACGAAUCGGUAGUGAACGUCGUCGAGCGAGCCACAAAGCCCAAGACACAAAAUCUCCGCCUCCGCCUCCCGUUCCUAAGCCGCUCGAAGAACACGAAGAUCGUCGCAUACGGUGACCAUCCGACCACCAAAAGCCACCGGAAUUCUGCGGUUUUGGUCAGGAGGACGAGGUCGGUGUUAAACCAGCAAGAUUACCGGCCGCGGCGGUUGCGCCAAAUACUGUGGUACAGCCCCUUCACCCGGCAACAUUUCAUUCUCCAGCUUUCGACAGUCCUUCACUUCCAAUGUUAACUACCUGAAACGGAGUUUGUCUUCCAGGUUCUCGUCAGGGGAUUUGAGCUCGGAGCUCGACGAUGAACCAAGCACAGACUCCGGGCUGGCCUCCAUGGCCAGGGAUUCGUCCCAAUCGUAUCAAGCGGUACCGGAUCGGCCAUUGCAGUCUCAGCCGACUCCUGUUCCACCGGCUAACCAGCCACCGGUACCUGGAGCACCGCCGUCUGGACCACCUCAACCCGUUGGCGGCGAUCUAAGUCUCAACCUGAGACCCGGAUCGAGAACCACCAGCGCUCCUUCCUCGCCGGCCAAGACCCGGGAAAGUUUACUCCAGAGGGUUCAAAGUUUGACCGGAGCUGCUCGCGACCAGGGUGCAUCGAUUCUAGGAGCGGCGGUGUCAGGUACAACUAGAGGGCCAUCUUACAACAAAGAUCGGUGUUUCACCCUGCUAGUCAUCGAUGACCAGAAUACCGACUGGAGCAAAUACUUCCGGGGUCGUAGGCUUCACGGUGAUUACGAGAUCCGUGUAGAACAGGCUGAAUUUAGGGAAUUGUCGUUAACUGCGAGCGAGACUGGUACUAUUGUGUCCAUGGCGGUUUAUCGUAACGGAACCAAAGUCAUCCGAUCUUUCAAACCUGAUUUCGUCCUGAUACGACAGAACCUAAAGGACGCCGGAGAAGACAACAAGAACCUUCUUCUCGGUUUAAUGUACGGCGGUGUCCCGAGCAUUAACAAUCUCACGGCAAUUUACAACUUUCAGGAUAAACCAUGGGUGUUCGCACACCUAUUGGGACUUCAACGUCGUUUAGGAAAAGACAACUUCCCCUUGAUCGAGCAAACUUACUAUCCCAACCAUCGUGAAAUGGUGAGUGCAUCUCGUUAUCCGGUUGUGGUGAAACUCGGGCACGCCCACGGUGGAGUGGGAAAAGCCCGUGCCGAGACGAAUCAAGAGUUUCUAGAUCUCGCCUCUUUGGCUGCUUUGGCGAACACUUAUUGCACGUCGGAACCGUACGUCGACACCAAAUACGACGUUCACGUGCAGAAAAUAGGCAAUAACUACAAGGCGUUCAUGCGGAAGAGCAUAAGCGGAAACUGGAAGUCUAACACCGGUUCGGCGAUGUUGGAGCAAUUAGCCGUGAGCGAAAGACAUCGCACCUGGGUUGAUCACGUGGCCCAAUUAUUCGGUGGAUUGGAUAUCUGUGCGAUCGAGCUGUUAGUCGGGAAGGAUGGUCGAGAAUACAUAAUCGAGGUGAAUGAUAGCGCGCUGUCGUUAAUGGGAGACUCACAAGAGGAAGACCGUCGUCACAUUGCAGACCUCGUCACCGCGAAAAUGCAGGCAUGCUGUCGACCUCCAAGCGUGUUGACGAAAACGACAUCCAGAGGAUCGAUGUCUGGCUCCAGUCAGGCAACGAGUCCUGUAGAAGAUCGCACUGUGCCACCAACAGCUCCGCUAGGAUCGCAUGGAAGCAUGGGGUCCAUGGCUAGCAUAGGAAGCUUAGGUUCCAUGGGCUCCACGACAGCAAUGGCGGGUGAUGUAACUAGUUCUGACAGCCACCAUCAAUUGCAACGACGCGAUUCUCAAGCAUCGCAAUCGAGUACAGUGAGCAGCGCUCCAUCGGUUGGUCGACGCCAAGAAGAUGUUCCAACAUCGAGAGUACCUUUCCACAGACAAGGCAGCCAAUCCCAGAGCGAAGACACCGAAGACACCAUGAAGAACCUUCGGAAAACGUUUGCAGGAAUCUUUGGAGACAUGUAAAUUUUUCGAACGAAAGUGUACUGGAGCAAAGGAGAUCAUUUUAGGAUUAUCAUCAAAUUUAAGUUAGUGAACAAAAAGUAUUUAAAAUGUAAAUGAGUUAGUUAAUAUUUUGAACGAAAGAUCGUAUUUUUUUAUAUAGCUUCUUCAUUAUCAGUGAUGUAUAGGAAUAAUUUUGCAAUUAUAGGAUUUUUGUUAAACAGUUGGAAGAUGUAUUUAAAUUAAUUUGUCGAAUAUGAAAAUGUACUGGAAAGGAAUAUAUAAUAUAGUCGAUAUAUUUGUAGAUCAUCAAGCUCAUCUAAAUGACGCUCGCGUCCCACACUGGACGCCAUAUAACAAUGUAAAUUUUGCUAACGGUCCACGGCGAUGUGUAUAAACAUAAACAUAACUUAACUUUUCGUUUUUUAUCAGUUCAAUAAUUCAUCCGUUUCUUGCCAUUCGAUUACGUUGAGCGAAAGAAAAUAUCGUUGGAAAUUUAUUCUUCUAGAAUUCUUGCUAAUCGCGUUGCUAUUACUCUGUACUUGAUUAUUAAUCGAUAUCGCGUAUUCAACGCAUCGGUUGCUAUUCAAAUAUUAACUACGUAUUUUCGAUAAAGGGAGGGUAAGUAAAAAUUAAUGGGGGAUUUAAAGAAAGAGUCGUGGUCGUUUAUGUAUAUUAAAAAGUAAAAAAAUAAAAAAAUCGUAAUGUAGAUUCUAUGUAUUCGAUGUAUUCAGCAUUUACAUAGUGGCUAGGGAAAAUUCUCUCAGGUUAAAAUAGUAAAAGAAUGAAUACUUUUCCAAGUGUCCAGUUAUGUUUCGUUACCAUCGACGUAUCCGUUCUGCAUACUCGUCUCGUUUACGGGGAACGCCGCCACUUGGUUUUUCGAUUCCAACAGGCAACAGUACCAUAGGCCCCUGUCAUCUCCUCAUCCGACUUUACUUCAGGCGUCCACUUUUUAGGCUUAACUUUCGAUUAUAGCAUUGUCUAAAGGCGAGGGAACGGGAAUGAUGCGGAAUGAAAAGAACGAGAAAGCUGGAGAGAGGAAAAAAUGGAAGAUGAGUUAUAAAUUUAAAUGGCUGAUGGAAGUCCUGCAGUAAAAUACAUAUUUGUAAAAUUAUUAAAAAGUAUUUGUAAGCCGACGUCAUUCAAAAUGAUUGAGGAAAACAAAAAAAGAGGAGAUUCGGGCAUUAUACUGAACAUUUGGCUAGAGAAGACUUCGGAUCGAUCGCCCGGCACUCAAUGCCGGGCCAAUGGAAGAACAAGAUCGACCAGUCUGUAUCUUAAGCGCACAAAUAGUCAUUAGGAUUUCGAGACACGGGCAGUACUUUGACAUCGUGCAUGUGAACAACGCAAACGUUUGGUCUAAUAAACGGGACUUAUGGUGAGGGAGAAAUGAAAAAAAUUCUUCUGCAGAGUCGCCGGUUCUUGAACAAUGAUAUGUUUCGGCCUGCAAAAAGUGUAAUUCCUCGGCCGGCGACCUUUCGAUUUGGAUUAUUCAAAAUUCAUUGUCUCGAAUAGUAUUGAGCAUCUCGAUGUUGAAAACUGUCCUGCAUUCCGAUAACGAACUAUUUCUUUUUCCUAAAUUUUCACGCAUUUGUAGGUCAUUUGUAAAGGAAAAAAGGAACUUGCGCAAGGCGAUUUGGUACGCUUGCUGAAAAUUCAUGAAAAAAGAGAUGUUCGUUGCUCCGUAGGCUUUAAGAACAAUUACCGAUGAAAUCAAAAUGUAAUAAACGGGUUCGUGAACUAGGAACGGGAAGCGAAAGGGAAGCGGCCGCUAGUUGCCGCGAGAAUGAUUAAAAAAAAAACAUGGGCAUUCAGUAAAUCGCGAUUCUUUGCGAUCGUGCAAAAAAUCCGAAGCACACCAAGCAACCUUUUGAUGAUCUGCAAAUAUAAUCGUGUUUGCUUGCCUGAGUUAACUUGAUUCAACUGAAGCUCCUUUGAUUCAGUACCCGCUGGAGAAGGAUCUGGAUUUGCGAAGUAAAAGCCAAUCGACGAAAGCGAGAAGAGAGAACGAAAUGUCUUUGUCCAAAUUUUUCUUUUUUUUAUUAUUUAAUUUGUACUUUACAAUUUGUCCAGCUGGACAUACGGUAAAUUUUUCUAGCUUUAUUGCUAAAUAACAUGUGGAUGGCUAUCCCCAGCGGGAUACCAUCUUCGAGUUUGUCUAUUUUAUUCCUUUAGUGAGGUCAGUGGAGUGUUUUCUCUUUAGUCUUCUUUUUAUGAAAGUUUUGCUCGCUUCAGCAGCUAGCUGGUUUGGAUAUGUUGCCGUUCUUUCCUUGUAUUUUUUUGCGUACCUGCCGAUUUCUUCUUUAACUGUUGGUAUUUUUAAGUCUUUGCGUAUAUCCUCGUUUCUGACAUACCAUGGGGAGUUGACUAUUGUUCUGAGUAUCUUCGAUUCUAGCGACUCUAGUUUAUUUAUGUGGCUCAUUGCUGCUGUUCCCCAUAGUGGUAUUCCGUACGACCAAAUUGGUUUCAUUAUCGUUUUGUAAAUUUUUAGUUUAUUUUCCAUGCUGAGUUUAGAGUUUCGACUAGUUAGGCAGUAUGUUGCUUCCAUGUAAGUUGUGUGUCUAAGUGGAGUCCUAGGUAUUUGACUUGCCUUGUUCGUGUUAUGUACGUGCCAUUCAAUUGGAUAUUUGGUGGUUUCCGUUUUCCUAGUGUAAAUGUAAUAUGGUUACCAUUGUUGGGGUUUGCUUUUAUUUGUUUAUCUUGUAUCCAUUUUUCUAUUUUUGUGAUAUGCUCUUGUAGUAACGUGACUGCUGUUUCUGGAUUAGUGUGCCUGACUAGUACAGCCGUGUCGUCUGCGAAUAUCAGUAUUUUGCUGUUGAUAGUUAUUGGUACGUUGGCCGUGUAUAGUGUGUAUAAUAUUGGUUCUAAGACGCUUCCUUGCAGUACCCCUGCGUUGAUGUCUUUAACUUCAGAAUAUGCGUCCUUUAUUUUUACUACAAUUGUCCAAAUGAUCUCAAUUUACCUUAGCGUAAGAGCUAAUAAAGGCAUUACGACGAAAGAUAGACCUCGUGGUGUCAGCUUUGAAAAGAACUAUAAUAAGUUCGUCCGUUUAAUAUUCUGUUCUAAUUUAAUUUCACAUUUCGAUUAUGUGACUUUUGUCAAAGAGGCACUUAGGAAAAUUAAUUUUACUUAAACCUACGUUAGUUGCAAGAAUAUCAAGAGAUCCCGGGGCACCCCUGUUGAGCGUCAGGCUAGCCAUCGUGGAGUUUUAGUCGGUAAGUCCGACACUGCCCCGCCGCUUCCCAGAAGAGGCGAGGUGUCCAUGACGAUUUCCUCACGUAUAAGAAAGAAAAGUGUAGUUUGUUCCGUUUCAUAGCGUUUCAAAUAUAGUCCCAGGACAUCCCUGACGUUUUUGUCGAUAAAUCUGACACUGCCCCACCGUUUCACGGAAGAGCGGCGGGGUAUCUAUGACUAUUUCCUCGCGUAUAAAAAAGAAAAUGCUGCAAGAAUAUAAGGAGGUCCCAGUGCACCGCUGGUGAGCGUCAGGCAGGCCACCGUGAAGCUUUAGUCGGUAAGUCCGACACUACCCUGCCGCUUCCCAGAAGAACGGCGAGGUGUCCAUGACGAUUUCCUCACAUAUAAAGAAAAAAGUGUAGUUUGUUCCGUUACAUAACGUUUCGAAUAUAGCCCCGGGACACCCCUAGCGUUUUUGUCGAUAAAUCUGACACUGCCCCAAUGCUGCACGGAAGAGUGGCGGGGUGUCUAUGACUAUUCCCUCACGUAUAAAAAAAGAAGUUGCAAGAAUAUAGUAGAGGAACGCAUAGGAUCGUAAAAGGAAUGUAUUGCCUCUUCUCGUUCUGAUUUAUUGUCUCCUAUUAUCAACACAUUGCUUUAUCGAAUUUAGGAAUAUCAAGUAAAUGAACGCAAAGACGUGAACUUGAUCAAUUCUCUAUUGCACGACUAAUUGAUCGAUAUUCCUGUGUGUGUAUAUAGAUGUAAAUUAAUGCAUUAGUCAUUUGUUAGAAGAUACAUGGUACACGAAUUUAAACGAUUACAAACGGUUACAUAGUGUUACAAACGGUUACAUAGCGUCACAAACGGUUACAUAGUAUUACAAACGGUUACAUAGUGUCACAAACGGUUACGAAUUAAUUUCCAAGUAAUAGACGUCCAAUGGUUUGGUUUUUGAAGUGCCUUGAAUACUUAAGUGCCCUUCUUGUCACGUUUCUUGCCCAUUCGAAGUAGUCGAAGCGCGUGUCAACGUGCACUUUUUACUAUGCACUUAACCAUGAGAAUCUCUCUGUUGUUUGUACUUUUUAUACACUAAACGCGUGCAUCGUUUUACCUUUUCGCAUGAUCAUCUCUAACGAGCUGCUUAUUGAUUCAUCAGGCACCUCGAUACCGUGGAUAAGUGCAGGUACACCGUCCAAAGUAUGAUCAACAGCGAACGAAGACGUUGGUAUCACUCGAAACGUCAAUCGAUCGAACAAGCGAACCUAUUAUCGUUCGUCAAUAUUCGCGGUAGCUCGAUACUACGACUUUACUCUUUUUCAUUCCUCAGCGUUCGCGAUUUAGUGCAUUUAGAUUUACGUUCUUUCACGCUUAAUUCUUAUUUAAAAAUUAUUCAUCAUUACGAUAGGCAAUGACACGUAGAGAAAGAAAAUAGUCUUAAAGAGUGUUUAGAGUGAAAGAACAGUGAGAGAAUAGAGCAGAAGCUUCUGGAAUUAAUGUUAUAAAAGGCUGUCUAAUUUCGCGACUUAAUUCAAAAACUCGCUCGUACGUACGAUCUAAGUAAAAUCAGACUUGCAAUAGAUAUCGCGAGAAAUAGAUUAUCGGACCUACCAACAUUGGAAAAAAUAGUACUUUAAGGGAUAACUAAAUAAGAACAUGUAACAAACAAAAAAUCCUGGACAAUCUUCGCUGCUGAAAAAGUUGUAGUUGCCCGAUAAAGUACAAAAAUUAUUCUCGAAGAACGAAAGCUGCUGCUGAGACUGGCUUUCAGAGCUGACGCCACGACGCAUGAGGAGAAGCGAAACGCGAAAGCUUGAUAGAUUCGUUAAGAUGGAUGCAUUCGAUGCGAUACGGAAUCUGUACUGAUACGUAGACGCGGUUAAAGAUAACGAAUAUCUCAGGGGUGCAAGUCUAAGCACAAGGUAGGAUAGAAAAAGAUGAGAUAGAAGAGACAGUUGGGUUCAAGUGUUGUUGCUGCCUAGACGAAUUAACGGCAUUGACUUUGAUACCUACGACGACUAGUCACUUAGCAAGCACGCUUCUUCGGAAAAAUCGCAGCGAUUAUCCAUUUAAGGAUAGAACUUGUGGAAUCGGAUCCGCAAAACGAUCAUCUACAUUUGUAACUAUUUGAAAGAACUUCUUUAUGCAACGUUACAGUGUUUUGUACAGAUGUGUUAAUCGCAUAUUUGUCGAUUUAACGUCAAUUCUUACAAGCAUAUCAAUCAUUUCGUUGACAUUGACAAUAUUUGCUUGAAACAAGUUAAUGUUUAAUUUAGUUUUAAUCGUUUAGACUUUUAAAUUUACAGAUAUAAUUUGAAAAUAAUUAAUUAUUCGUUAAAAUCGAAUAGAUGAUCAAAUCAAACAGAACACCAAACAGAACACAGAAAUCACAUUGUUAGGCAUUUCACGCUGCUUGAUCUUAUAAGAAUCUUCGAUCGACGACAUUGUAAUUUGUUCUAGUGCCCGUGUGAUGUAGUGAGCAGCACUGUUACGACAUCUUCCCAUUAGUUUUAAACGUGUUGAUGUGUCCACACUGCGUUUGAUUUCGUCGCAGCCACAUGUCAGCGUAAUUUGGCAGGCUAAUAGAUUCUUUAUUCCAUACGAAGACUCGCUUCGCUUCGUAAAUUCGAGUCUAGUUUAAAAAAAAAGCACAGUGCUUUUUCGCGCCGAAUUUUCGUCAUUCAAUCUGUUUCCUUUUUGGCGGAAGUAAUAAUAUUACUGCUAGGCUAAUCUUACUUAGGAUCCUUGCAUCACUGUAAUACCGUUGUUGGUUAAGAUUUACCAUUCUUAGAAAUACUUUUAAGGUCGUGGAACUAAUUUAGAUGUCUUGGAUAACGACAUCGUAUAAGGUAAGCUCCAACAGAAAAAUAAUUAAAAAUAAAAAAAAAAAAACGGAAAAAAAGAAAACGAGAAGACAGGCCAGGCUCGAUGAUAACGCAGCAGUAGUGUAAUUUUGUGUUACUAUCGUUGUUUCGUAGCUUUUUUCAUGGUGCUUGAAUCACCGUAAGAUCAUGUGGCGAAGCUUCCAAAUGCAUUCGAUCGAAUAGCCUAGAGUUACACUAUAGAAUAUGGCAAGUGACAAUUCUAAUCAUCUCGCCGAGUAUCGAAAAAUAUCGAGCAUUCGACGCAAAAAAUCGGGGCCAAAUCCUGUCGUGCGCCAGUCGAAUUAGCGAUCUUAGCUCAUGGCAUUUGCUGUCAAUUUAGUGCCUCGUUACUUUCCCUUCUUUUAGCAAUUUUCUUUCUAGUAACUUCGAGUUCAAAUCAUGUCGCAAUAUUCGUGUCUAUAUAAGAUCACUUAUGCCUAUAUUAAUAAAUUCCUUCGGUCGCGAAUCGAACAGAAAGUUACGCCACGAUCGAAUCGUUCCUUUUCCUUACUCGACUUGAAUGAUGCGUUCGCGAACACCAAUAAUUUUCUUCCACUUUCUUUGUUCCUUAUCGAUACUUCUCGGCUCGUGAAACGAAACACCAAAACACUAUACGAGACUAAUUACAACGAAUAUAUGGAAGGGGUGAAUAUUAUCAAGCAACUUUCUCAUAGGAGUAGAAUCUGGCUGGCUAGACGAUAUUUCCGGAUUUCGCCUCGAUCAACGCGAACGCUCGUCCUUCUAAUUAUGAUUAAUCAAUGUCUAUGUGUAACGAAACUUAAGGUAAUAAUAAUAGUGUUAACAAUAACAAUCGUUAAGGUGAGAUUAUCAUAGUAGGCUAGUUAAGAAUACGGUAGGCUCUAUAUGUAACCGUAUGUUACCUCCUUGAUUUCAAUGAGUGCUAGUCACAUGUAUUAUUCCCGGGGCACUCCUAUUAAGCAUUAGGUAGGUCACGGUGUGGUUUUAGUCGGUAAGUCCGACACUAUCCUACUGCUUUCCAAAAGAGCGGCAAGGUGUCCAUGACUAUUUCCUCACGUAUAAAAAAAAGAAAAAAACGUUGCAAGAAUAUAAGGAGAUCCCGGGGCACCCCUGUUGAGCGUCAGGUGAGCCACCGUGGAGUUUUAAUCGGUAAGUUCGACACUACUCCGCCGCUUCCCAGAAGAGCGGCGAGGUGUCCAUGACUAUUUCCUCACGUAUAAAAAAAUGUCACAUGUAUUAUAAUUACUUAACACUCGUAUUCUCAACACAUGAAUAUAUAAACACGACAUAUUAUAUAUACACAUAACAUUAUAACAUAAACAACAUAACAUUCUAUGUCUAUUAUUCUAGGAAUGUAUUAAACGACGUUGUAAAGUGUAAGGGUGCUUCAGGUCUAAUUAAUUGUAAAUCGAUCGGAAUGCUAUUGUAACCCGAAAAGAAAAGCGAAUACAGUUACGGAAGAAAAAAAGAAGAAAAAGAAUAAAAAUGGAACGUUCUCGUGCGACUAGCGCUACAUUUCGUUCGGGAAAUGGACCGGUGUCUCUUAUCGUCGAUUAAUUUAUACCAAAUCUUCGACUAGAGUCACCGUAGCACAGAACGUACCUUUGUUAUGCCGAUAUUCGAUAUCAAUUGUAUGACAAUAUAAGGUAUCACGAGUAGAGUAACGCGCCACGAGCGUUCACCCUUCUCGAACGAGACAAAUGUGAGAGAGUAGCAAGUUAGUACCUAUUAAUCUCGAUGUUCCCUUUCGUGGCGCGCGUAUCCUAGAUGCGUCGCGAAAUCAUUUGGAACAUUCCUCUGAAACAGCGCGCGAUCCAACUAUCGAGAUUUUUGCAAUUCAUUCGUUGAUUAUUUCAUUAAAGAAUCAUCGCUUUACUGAACGAUCGAUCUCGAUCGUUGGAUCGCGCGUACUGUUCGCGGUCGCCCCGUCGUCGAUCGCAUUUGCUCGCUUAUUUUUCUCCCGUGCUCAUAGUCAAGGCCGCUUAAUAUUGAUGACGGGUGUUUUAAGCGUGUGAUUAUAAGAUAUCAAGUGGACAACGAAUCAUCGCGGUCGAGUGGGCAGCGAUCACGACGCGGCGUCUCGCCGAGAUGAUCGCUCGAAUUGAACACGAUUAUUACGAGUUCUCCGAUCGUACGACCAUUUAUUACCUUUAUCUAACCGCCAAGUAUAAGAGAAGAAGGAAAGAAGGAAUGUUUAAAGAUUAAAAAUGCGAGUAAAAUGCGAGUUCUAUCUGUCAUCGUUUUAGCUGUUAAGGAUUCAUCAUCAAAGUAAAUGGGGGUAGUUCUAAUCCAAGUAAGCGUACCACGUAAGCGCAGCACAUUGAAAAAAUACGGGAAAAAAUAACAAGUAGUACAAUGUAUAGGUUUGUGUAUAGAUACUCGAGGACAUAUGUAAAGAGGUAUCGGUCUUGGGGCACACGUCGAGCGCUCGUUACCGAUCCCUUCCCAUUGGUUCAACGUUGAAAGGUAUUUACGGACGAAAGCCUAACAAGAUCGUUCCUCUAAGCUUCUUGAGAUACCACGGAAACGUUUUCGACCGUUUUCUAUUCACUAUCUGCGAGUAAUCGAAGUGCAACGGCCCUUUUCACCGAGGGAUCUCAUGAUAACCUGGGGUGGUCGAUAGGUAACGAGCACGCCGUUUCAUGGAACAUCAAGAGAGUCUUCCUCGCGAUGGCAAACGACACUCGACGCUCGGUGAUCAUUUUAUGGCCUUAAUCAAAUUUUCAUUAGGGGUCAAGUGUCUUCGUAAUCGCGACAUCGCGUUUGUCGCGAUAAAACGAAAAAAAUGUCUAUGACGACGACACGAAUGGCCAACGCAUACCAAACGGAGUACGAAAAGUACUGGUGAAUAUUGUAUUAAAUUCAGUGUAUUUUGCGAACUUCGUUUGCGAUAUCGAUGGGCCGAUGUUUUGUGCUAACUUCGUGUAAAAUUUCGAUCGACGCUUUAACGUGCCCCACGACUCUUAUCGACGACUGAUUCGAUUGAUCUGGAAAGAUUUUAUACCGAUUCUGCGUCGUUCUUUUUUGCGCGUUUCUUCACACGAAACCGCUGAAAGAGUUUUGAUACAUGACGCAAUUGUGGAAAAUUUUUCAACGAAUGAAGCACCGAAUAGAGGAAUUUUUCAAGAAGCAAAGUUACAUAUGACUGAAUAAGAAUGAAUUAAAGGGGCCACGUGAGGAAGAAUAAACUGUCGCGUGUUUCUGAUUAUUGUGAUCAUUUCUGACUAUACUGGUCUCAUGUCAUACUAUCAAACAUGAAAUAUCUUUAUGGUGUCUCCGUAAGACGAUCGACGUGGCCUGUUAACAAACGAAUAUGGACAUACGUUACAGAGUUUCUUCAACUAAAAUCGUGUAUUCAUCCAUUGCAUACCAACAGAAAAUGAAAAAUAUUGCCAUAUUGGACUGUGAAACGUUGUCAAAAACAUUUUCGAAGUCGUCAUAUGGUUGUUAAGACAUUGUAUUAAAAGUAUUAAAAACUCUUAUAUAUAUGUUGAAGUUAUAAUUACUUCUAUGAUGGUCAUACCAAGCAGCGUAAUGGAUGAAUGACAUGCGCUUAAAAAUUAUAAGAUGUCGUAAUUACUUCCGAGGUCGAGUAACACAGAGUGACUUUCAGGCCCUGAUUAUUAAAUCCUAAAUGAAGCUGUAACGAAAACAAACGUUAGUGAAAACAAGUACGUGAAUGAUAAAACCCAGUUGUCGCGAUCGUAUGAGAAGAAGAACGACUUUCGAUUCUGUGCUAGAUUUCGGGACACCGUGUAAUUCUGCGUAGCUCGACUAGGUUCUCGUUGAAAUACGAUUACUGCGAUACGUCAAGCUAAACUGUAACAAUAAAAACAAAAUAAAAUAUUAUACUUCUGA